CUCUUUGGUCAAGCCGGUCGGCUGUCGCUUGAUGUUCUUGUGCCCUCUGGAAAAGAAGAGACGAAUGUUGGAAGUAUUUCUCGACAGCCAACCUUGUGUGGCGGCGGGACGCGUACAGAGCGGCCAUCAAGGCUUCGUGCUCCGCAGCUUUGACUGCUGCGAGUUCCUCUUCUCUCGUCCGCACUGCGCCGCCCUUUUUGUCUUUUGAAUACCAGGUCAAGUCUUUGCCUUUCUGCCAUCGUCCCACUGGCGCCAUCAAGGAGUUCCCUGAUGAGAGAGAGAGAGAGACAGAGCAGCGCAUGACUCCAGCACUUGCUGACUUCACUGACAGUUUGGCUGUGCAACUCCCCUCACUGUACAGCACUCGUACAUGACAGGAAGUGUCAGAUCCAGCUAAUGUCAACAGGAGGAGUCGGUCACAGAGAAGCGCAUCACUGUCUGUGGACUCGUCCAACUUCCUGCCAACAUGAGCGGCGAGGCUUAUAUUUGGGUUCAAAGUCUCUUCAUUAAAAGCACGGCGUCUGAGUGACACCGGUCCAAAAGGGGCUGACAACGUUUCUCUGGAGGCCCAGCGGAGCGAGAGAGAGGGCUUUUCCUCCGGGGUCAUCCACGGAACCGUCGAUUGGUUGCUCUCCACACAGACGCCAGGUGCGCUGACGGUCGACGGAAGAGCUCCGAGAGCAGCGGUCAAGUGCGCCCGAGCUGCCUGCCAUGAGGGAGGCCACCAACAGAGUGACGUCAUGACGCAGGCAGCGCCGCCAGCGCUCAUGGCUCUCGCAUCAAAGAGAAGGGAGGCAGGAAACGUCCACUGACGCUCGGAAUCGCUAGACCCUGAUGUACGUGAGAUAUUUUACCAGGCUAUUUUCAGCGAUGGCUGGUCCCAGGCCCGUGGUUCUGAGCGGCCCGUCCGGGGCCGGCAAGAGCACCCUGCUGAAGAAGCUGAUGAAGGAGUACGACAGCGUCUUUGGAUUCAGCGUCUCCCACACGACCAGAAGUCCUCGACCUGGAGAAGAGAACGGCAAAGACUAUCACUACGUCUCGCGGGAGGCCAUGCAGGCGGCCAUCGCACGAGGAGACUUCAUCGAAAACGCCGAGUUCUCUGGGAACCUGUACGGCACCAGCAAGGCGGCGGUGCAGGCGGUGCAGGCCAAGAACCUCAUCUGCAUCCUGGACAUCGACAUGCAGGGCGUGCGCAACAUCAAGAGGACGGACCUGGACCCCAUCUACAUCUCCAUCCAGCCGCCGUCCAUGACCGUGCUGGAAACCCGCCUGAGGGACCGGCAGACCGAGUCGGAGGAGAACCUGCAGAAGCGACUGCGGGCAGCCGAGGUGGACAUGGAGCUGAGUAAGGAGCCCGGGAUGUUCGACGUGGUCAUCAUCAACGACCGUCUGGAGGAGGCGUACGGGAAGCUGCAGGAAGCUCUGCUGGAGGAAAUCCACAAAGUGAGGAAGCUCAGCUCGUCGUAGGCGCCUCGGUCCGCCUCCGUCCGCCUCCGGUCGCCAACAUUCCCUCCAGCGGCGGCCGGCGCGGCUCCGAGGCUCCCGGGCAGCGCCCCCUAGGUUUACAUGUAGUAGUUUGGCAGCGGAUUGACUCGUAGGAAUCCUUCACUUCUGACAGUGGCGGGACUGGGCCUGGUGGCGGAAGCAUUCCGGCGGCGGGUGGACGCCGCCUCACCUCAGCGCCGCCAGGCGCUCGGCCGCUUCUGCUCGCGUGGCUUCUGUGUUUGUGGUGUGAAUCCAACCUGUGCAGUGUGGAGCUUCACCUCCCGACUCAGAGCAACAGCCUUGACUGUCUGCCCCCCCCCCCCCCCCCCCCAAAACAGUUGGAGAAAAAUAAAAAACCUCACUGGACGACAUUUUUUUAAGUAAAUGCGGGGAAAAAAACAAAGGAGAUGAAAGCAAUGAGACUUUUUUAAAUGCACAUUUUUCUUUAAAUGCUAUGAAAAAAAAUGUUUUUUGAACCACUGGCAGAUUUUUUUUAAUCACUUAUUUAAAAUAAGGACAAUUCACAAUCAGAGUUUUUUUUUAACAUCUAAAAUAUUUAAUAACGGAUAAAAACAUUUUUGAAAAAUCAAGGAUUUUUGGAAUCACUGAGAAAAAAAAUCACGAGGCGAAAAUUAAUUUUCAAAAAGUCAAAAAAAAAUAUGCGAAAAUGUUUUUGAAAUAACUAAGAUUUUUUUAAAAUCCAAAAGUAUUUUAAAAUAUGACUGAUAAUACAUUAUUAUUAUUAAUCAUUAUUUUUAAUCAAUCAAAAAAAUUUUUUUUAAUCUCUUGGAGAAUAUUUUUAAUAAUUUGCAGAGAAAUUAUUAUAAAAAGACGUAGGGAAAGGAAAUCACUGCGAGAAAAAUCACUGGGAUAAUGUUUUUUUUGUUUCUUUAAAAGUCACAGGAAGAAAAAUUAUAUUAAAAAUGGUAUACGUAUUUUUCGAAUCAUUAGGUGAAAAAAAAAAUCACUGCAGGAAAAACACUGGGAAAAUUAACAAAAAUUUGGACAAAAAUCACUGACACUUUUUUAAAAUCACACAGAGAAAAAAAUGAUGGAGAAAAUUAUAAUUUAAAUUUAAAUUAAAAACGGAUGAGGAAAAAUAAAAAAUGUCACUGGAAGACUUUUUUUUAAGUAAAUGCAGGGAAAAAAACAGCAACAAAGAGAAAAAAGCAAUGAGAUUUUUUUAAGUGCACAUUUUUCUUUAAAUGUGCUGAAAAACAAAUGUUUUUUAAACCACUGGCAGAUUUUUUUUAUUCACUGGGAGGGAAAUUAUUAUAAAAAUUCUGAGAUUUUUAAAAAAUAUUUAAUUUGAGAAAAAAUGUAAAUCAAAAUCAAUGGGAGAAAAUGAAUGCACUAGAAUUAUAAAAGAAAAUGUAAUAAUAAUAUAUAAUAAUAAUAAACAUUUUAAUAACAGAUAAAAAAAAAUGUUUGAAUCAAUGGGAAAAAAAAUCACGAGGAGAAAAUGAAUUUAAAAUUACUGAGAGAAAAUUAAAAACCUACUUGGAAAAAAACAUCUUAAACAAAAUCACUUAUUUUUUAAUUAAAAAAAUGACUGCGGAAAAAAAUGUAUUAACCAAAUGAUUGGGAGAUCGAUGCACUGGGAGAAGGUUUAAAAACAUUUUCAAAGAUUACCGUGGAAAAAAAAAUCACUGCGAAAAUGUUUUUUUUUAAUCACUGAGAAAUUAUUUUUAAUCAAUUGAAAAAAAAAAAUGACUCAUUUGCAGAAAAAUUAUUUUAAAAAGACGGAGAGAAAAGAAAUCACUGAAUCAAAAAAACACUGGGAGAAUUUCAAGUCAGAGAGAAUAUUUUCAUAUUAUCACUGCGAGAAUAUUUUUGUUUUUUUUAAAAAAUUACAGGAAGAAAAAUUAUUUUAAAAAAAGCGUGGUUUAUGGAUUUUCAAAUCACUAGGUGAAAAAGAAUUAACAAAAAAUACUGAGGGAAAAAUCACUGACACUUUUUAAAAAUCACUUUUUUAGUCAAUGAAAGAAAAUAAAAAAAAAUCUAAGGAGAAUUUUUUUUUUCUAAUGAAGGAAUUCACUUAGAGAUUUUCUGUAAGAAAAAAAUAUUUCAAAAUCAUAUAGGAGAAAAAAAUAAAGGAGAAAAUUAUAAUUAUAUUUACUUUGAGAAAAAAGUAAAUCAUAAUCAUUGGGAGAAAAUGAAAGCACUAAAAUUAUAAAAUAAAAUGUAAUAAUAAUAUAAUAUCAUAAAAAUAAAUAUUUUAAUAACGGAUAAAAAUAUUUUUGAAAAAUCAUGGAUUUUUGAAAAAAAAAUCUCGAGGACAAAAUGAAUUUAAAAUUACUGGGAGAAAAUUAAAAACCUACUUGGAAAAAAAUCCCAUCAAGAAUUUUUUUUUUUUUUUUUUAAAGGGUAAAUAUUUUGAGAAAAAUAAAAAAAUAAGAUUUUUUACAAAAUCAUUGCGGAAAAAAACGUAUUAAUCAAAUCAUUGGGAGAUCGACGCACUGGGAGAAUUUUUAAACACAUUUUCAAAGAUUACUGUGGAAUAAAAAUCACUGCGAAAAUGCUUUUUUUUAAUUCAUGAGACUUUUUUUUUUUUAUUAUUUAUUCAUUUGCAGAUAAAUUAUUUUAAAAAGAGGGUGAGAAAAGAAAUCACUGAGUCUGAAAAACACUUUGAGAAUUUCAAGUCACUACAAGAAAUGUUUCUUUGUUUUUUAAAAAUCACAGGAAGAAAUAUUAUAUAAAAAAAAUAAAGCCUGGUAUAUGUAUUUUUCAAAUCACUAGGUGAAAAAGAAUGAACAAUUUUUUUUUUAAUUAAAAAAAAAAUCACUGGGAAAAAAAAAAAUCAAAGGUGAUUUUUUUUUCUAAUCAAGAAAAUCACUUGGAGAUUUUCUGUAAGAAUUAUUACAAUUACAAUGAUAAAUUAUAAAAAACAAAAAUAAAUAACGUCACUGGUGUAAAAUGUAAUAAAAAUCAGGUUUUUGAAAUCACUGAGAUUUUUAAAUGAAAAAAUAUAUUAAAAUAUCAGAUUUAAAUAAAAUCUAUCUAUCUAUCUAUAUAUGAAUACAUAUAUUAAUGUAUAAAAUAUGUAAAAUCACUGGCAUAGAAAAUAUUUUUUGAGUCACUGAACAAAAUCACUUGAAACGUUUGACUGGGAGUUUUUUUUUAUUAUUUUAAUCAAUCAGAAAGAAGUAAUUUUCAAUUAUUUUUUUUAAAUCGCUGAGAUUCACUGGGAGGACGUUUUGAAAAAAAAAGCACUUUUCCUUCAUCCUUGACUUUUGGCCCAGAUCCACAUGGAGUUUGUGACAAGUCUGGGACUGGAGUUUUCCUUCUCCAGCUUCACACACACACAGCGACACACAGCGACACACAGAGAGUCACACAGAGAGUCACACACACACACACACACACACACAGACAGAGAGUCACAGACCAGCGUCGUGGACACAGACAUUUAUUCACUGCAGUUCAGCGACAGCACGUUCACGCGGCCUCGUGACGCUCGGCACUCGAGUCUCUUCGGCACGUGUUUUGCUUCACACCAAUGAACAUGCUUCACACCCGGAGGUCACCUGGAGGGCAGCGUCACAUCUCUUCAUGAAGAUCCAAAUCACAAGGAGCCAACCGGCCGGAGGAGGGUCAGGCCCGGCGCAGCCACCGGAGGGCGCUGCAGAGAAGGCUCUGCUCCAGCCUCAUCUCCACUGGCGGCGACACACGGGUGCGACCGACGUGGGCUCACAGUCCAGUUAGCCGCGUUGCUAACACCUCCGCGCUAAUCACAGCAAAGACAAGUCGCUAGCUUCUAAUGUUUGACAGACGCGCGCGCUGUGACCGGAUGCCGCGCUCCUCCUCUUCUCUUGCUACUGCUGGUGGAAGCGGCUGAUCUGCAGCGUGACGGCCUCGCCCGGCGGCGUGCAGCCCGAGGUCUGCGUGGAGAGGCGGGUGCGGAAGCUGCGCUGGCCGCCCUCCUCGCGCUGCACCUCGCAGCAGUAGGACGGCCGCACCUGCAGCUGGGCCUGGCUCACCUGCACGCGCCGCUCCGU